AAUUGCUCCAAUCGACAUGGCUUACUUCCAGUUCCUCAGCGUUGCCUCCAGCUUGCUUCUACUCCUGGCUCCCACCUGGGCAGGUCUGAUUGCUCAGCCGACCAUCACCUAUGCUGGCAAUGAGCACGCGGUGGCCCACACCCAACAGAAUGUAGUAAGGAGCUUCGAUGGCACCGUCUCCCACUACGCCAAGUCGCUGGCCACGCCCUACUCGCAGGUCCACAAGCAGGACACGCGGAUCAGCAACAAUGUCUACCAGCCGGCGGUGGCCAAGACCUUCAGUUAUGCUACAGCUCCAGCUCCGGUUUACACGCACCAGGCUCAUCAGGAACCAAAAAAUCUGUUUACUCAGGCAUCGCCAGUUUACCAGCAGGAUGCUCAUGUCCAGACUCCAUCGGUUUACCAGCAGGCUGCUCAUGUCCAGACUCCAUCGGUUUACCAUCAGCCCGCUCAGGUGCAGAGCUACCACCAACCUGGUCAUGUGGAGGCACCUUCUGUUUACCAACAGAACGCCCACUACAGCCACCAGCCUGCUGUCAUCCACUAUUCUCCGGCGGAGACCGUCUCCCACAUGAGCUUCGAUGGUUUCGGUACCCACUACGGAUUUUAAGUGAUCAAUACUUAAGUUAAGAUUAUAAAGAAUAGCUUGUGUAUGCUUGUUAAAUAAAUUGUUGAACU